AUGCCCUCACCGAGUUUACCAAAGACCACCCUGGCCUCACCUUCUCAUGGGAUUUCUCCCCUCUCUCCUCAUAGGGGUUUCUGGACAAGUUGGGGCCACCUGUUCUCCUUCGUCGGUAGAGGUCGCAGAGGCUUUGGAUUCCAUCGCUCCUCUCUUGUGAUGGCCUCCUCCCUUCUGACCUCUAAGAAGACUCGCUGUCUACUUAUGGAAGGUUUGUCAGCAAAAGCUGAGAAAGACAAAG